UUUGCUUCGAAGCUGUUCUAGUAAAGAUUAUACCGGAAAUAACGAAAUACAUAACGUGCUUUCUAGAAAAGUUGUAAAGAAACGAUUAUUUUAUCUGGGAUUGAGUAAAAUAAAUCAACAUGCCCCGCCGAGGCCGAUCCGGAGGAUUUUCUAGACCACCUCCCGCUCGCUCCAGUGUUCCUGUUGCCCGCCCUCCACCACCCCCGCCACCGGCUCCCAUGCAGGCUCAGCCAAGACAGCCUGGUUUAAUGGCACAGAUGGCUACUACAGCGGCAGGAGUUGCUGUUGGAUCUGCUGUGGGUCACACUCUUGGUCAUGCAAUGACAGGAGGUGGUGGUGGAAGUGGAAGUGAGGUUGCCCCAGCUCAGCAGCCUGCACAACAGCCAGGACAGUACCAACAAGACAUGAACAACCCCUGUGCGGUGGAGCUGAAGCAGUUUCUGGAUUGUGCGUCUAAUCAGUCCGAUAUUUCUCUGUGCUAUGGAUUCAACGAGGCACUCAAGCAGUGCAAACAGCAGUAUGGUGGUUCACAGAUGUGAAAGCUUGGAACAAAAGAAUGACGAAAGGUCUUGGUUGAUGGAUACAUGGCAUAGAUAGCCUUAUACAUAUGUGUGUGUUUUGACAGUUAAUCUCAGUAUGAGUGAACAUUAAAUUAUCUAGAACUGUACUUGAGUUUUGUCCGCCACCUAGUUGUAAUUCCCCUUUUUUAUUACAGGUGCAUUGCACAAAGGCUUUUUUGCCAGAAAUUUGUUGUCGAGUUUUCUUCUCAUAGUUUUUUUAAUUUAUUAAAAGCUUUAUAACAUAUUUGUUUCGUUUUUAAAGUGCUUUGUGUAUAUAAUACAAAAUACAUCGUAAACAUUUUAAGGGCUUUUUGAAUUUGGUCUACCAGCUUUUUAGUACAUGUAGUACUUUGAUUACCAAGCAACAAAAAGGAGUUUUGAUAAAAUUUUGCUGAUUAAUCUUACAUGUGCUUUUUAAAUGGUUUAGUAAAAUAUAAAUUAUUAUGCAUUUUAUUUAUGUUUACAUGUACUACAUCUGCAGUUACUAAAUACUAGGGCAUGAUGAAAAUGUUGGUCACCUGCUAUCCGAAAUUGUUUACGACAUAUUUGUGACUGUAAGAUACAAAACAUACUUUUGAUCAUGAAAUAUUCACAAGAUUUUUUUUAAACCAGUUUUUUUUUCUUUUACUAAUAUACUGAUACAUAAAUAUAUAUAUACUUGUUACUAGUUAUAUAAGAUGUGGCAUUAAAGUUGUAUACAAAAAAUU